AUGUUCCGGCAAGUGGCUCGCACCCACGUCGCUCGACUUGAGCGACGAACGAUCGCUAGCUAUACAGAGCAGUACCGACGCAGCCUCGACACGCCCGAAGCGUUUUGGGCCGAAGCCGCUCAAGAGCUAACGUGGUUCAAGCCGUGGACGCAAGUGCUCGAGUCCACACGUGGCCCGUCCGCGCGAUGGUUUGUGGGGGGAGAGAUGAACACGUGCUACAAUGCACUUGAUGUGCACGUAAACAAUGGGCGGGGCGACGUCGUCGCAUUGCACUACGACUGUCCACUGACCGAUACCAAGACGACAAGGACGUUCAGUCAGCUCCUACAAGAAGUGUCCACGUUUGCUGGUGGACUGCAAAAGCUUGGCGUCGAGAAAGGUGACCGUGUCGUCAUCUACAUGCCGGCAGUUCUCGAGACGACAGUGGCAAUGCUCGCGUGCGCGCGGCUUGGAGCUGUUCACUCGGUCGUGUUUGGCGGGUUUGCUACCUUGGAGCUUGCUGCGCGGAUCGAAGACGCAAGCCCUAAGCUGAUCAUCUCGGCGAGUUGUGGUGUCGAGCCCAAGGGGAUUGUCGACUACGGACCGCUGCUGAAUGGAGCGCUGAAGCGAUCAAAGUGGAAGCCGAGUCACGUUGUCAUGCUACAGCGCGAUCUGUGUCCGUUCGAGACGGCAAAGGGACGUGAUAUUGACUGGAGGGAUGUCAUGGCGAUGGGAGGUCCCAUCGAUGCGAGACCGGUGCUUGCGACGGACCCGCUCUAUUUGUUGUACACGUCAGGCACAACCGGCCGUCCAAAGGGUGUGGUUCGUGAUAAUGGCGGCCACGCGGUUGCCCUCAAAUGGGCCAUGCGCAAUGUUUUCGAUAUCGCACCGGACGAUACGUUCUUUGCCGCUUCGGAUAUGGGCUGGACGGUUGGUCACUCGCUCGGUGUCUAUGGUCCUCUUGUACAUGGAUGCACGUCGAUUCUGUACGCAGGCAAGCCAGUUAGAACGCCUGACGCGAGUGCAUAUUGGCGUUUGAUCACGGAAUACGGCAUCAAGUCGAUGUUCACGGCACCUACUGCAUUGCGGGCGAUUCGUAGAGAAGAUCCAGAAGGGUUGCUGAUCAAGCACCUGAGAGAGGACAUCCGAAAGACGUUGAAAACGAUCUUCGUGGCAGGGGAGCGCGGUGACCCCAAGACCUUCAGCUUUUUCUCACAGCAACUUGGCGUGCCUCUCAUUGACCACUGGUGGCAAACGGAAACGGGAUGGCCCAUCACUGCGCCGUGUCUUGGGAUGCAAAAUGAUGACAAAAGUGAAGAAGGGUACCCACGCAUCAAAGAGGGUUCGGUUGGUAGGCCAGUGCCAGGGUGGGAUGUCCGGCUACUAACAGUCGCCAGUGAAAUAAAUGACGACGAGCAUCGCGACUACAGCGACAAAAAUGCGGAACAAGAUGCUGAGCUUGUGGUUAAACUGCCUCUUCCUCCAGGUGCUUUGAUUGCCUUGCACAACAACCCAGACGAUUUCGACGCCAAGUAUUUCAAGCGAUUCCCCGGCUACUACCACACUGGAGAUACUGGGCGCAUUGAUGAAGAAGGUUUUGUCUACGUCAUGUCACGAACGGAUGACGUCAUAAACGUUGCAGGACACCGUAUCACUACGGGAUCGAUUGAGAAAGUCAUCAUCGAGAUCCCGGAAGUUGUCGAGUGUGCCGUGUUUGGCGUCGUCGAUACGCUCAAGGGACACGUCCCGCUCGCUCUUUUGGUAAUUGAUGAGAGGACCGAUCGAUCCAACGAAGAGAUCAUUCAGCAGGUAAUAAGCGACGUGCGUGAGCAGAUGGGCAGCUUUGUGUGCCUGAAAAGUGUCGGCCUAGUCGACGCGCUUCCAAAAACAAGGUCUGGUAAGGUCAUGCGCGCUACUAUGCAAGCUAUUGCUGACUCGACUCCGUUUCGCGUACCGGCUACCAUCGACAAUUUUGCGGCACUGGACGGUAUUCGCUCGGUACUCGAAAAGCUAGGCUACGCUUCGUCGAAUUCUGUCAUUACAGGCAAGUAG